UUUUUUUUUUUUUUGAAAAAAAAGGAAGUAUUUUAAUUGUGCAGUACUACCUCUCUUUUUUUUUCAUUAUCCCUUCUCUCCCCUUUUAUUAAUCCCUUUUUUAUACCAUCAUUAUCUUAUCUCAACUUUAUCUAUUCAAUCUAGAAAAGGAUUCAUUAUGGGUAAUCCUAUAGAACAAUCAGAGGAUGUGACACUUGAUAUCCUUCCACAACAACAAUCAUCAUCAUCACCUCCAUUAUCAUCAUCAGCAGCAUUUGCUUCUAACGCCAUUCGUCGUAAUGGCAGUGUACGACGAGCCAAAUCAUUGUCACGACCUGAACGACAAAGACCUCGUCAAGGGAUAUUACGUUCAAUCACUACCGUCACGAACAAUGUCCAUGGCCCCGGAUCAUCUCGCUUGGCGACUCAGCAGGUUUCUAACCAACACCGCCAGAUUAUUUACCAACAACAACAACAACAACAACAACAACAUCCAUCAAGUCAACCUAUGUCUGAUCAUUUAGCCCAACAACUUGAAAGACAUCGUAAAGAACAUCUUCGUCAACAACAACAUCAUUUAUUAAAACAAGAUACCGAUGUUAGCUUUGAUUCUUCUUCUACUUUGGGUGAUAAGUAUAGCGGAGACCGAAAGAAGAAAAGCAAGAACGAUGGAGGAAGUGUGGUACGGACAGGUUGGUGGGCUUGGUUUGCCUUUCUUGCCACGUGUUGCUUUCCAAGCUGCUGUAUUCGUGUAUGCUUCGGUAAAUCUAAUCCAAUGAUGCGACAAGCUUGGCGUGAAAAGAUUACUCUUGUAUAUAUUAUUAUUCUAUUGUGUUUAAUAUUAGCUUAUCUAACUUACGGCUUAACACGAACUAUUUGUCCGGAUGCUAUUGAUUAUUACCCUCAUUCUACGGUAGUUUCCGGUAAACGCGUUUCUUUGGAUACUACAACAAAUGGAUACUAUGCUAUUUUUGGUCAACUUUAUCCAACAGACUUGACGGAAAACUUUUUCAAACAACAUAAUCUUAACUUGACAACAGAUUAUGGUACAAUGGACCUUGGCCCUAUGUUUGAUGGUGAUUUAUAUGGUGAUUGUGCUUCUUUUUUCCCUUCUGACUUCAAUCGAAGCUCUAUUGAUCCCUGUAGACUUGAUAACCCUUAUGGUGGAAGUUCUCUUGCUACUACUGAUGGUUCCUGUCUCUCUUUGUCUGCUUUACAAGCUAUUUAUAAUCCUAUCGAUACAAUCAAUUUUGAAUGGGAUGAAUUUCGUGAUCCAAUUCCAAAUUCUAAUUUAGUAUUAAUGGGAAACUAUGUGGUCAAUUUAACAAGAUUCUUCAAAAAUUAUCCAGAAAAUACUUUUGGAACUCAAAUCGAUAAAGUACUUCAUUCAGCUAUUAAUAGAGAUAGUUCAUACGCUAUGCUUUAUUAUCGUCAUGGAAAUGAUGCUAUGAAUUGUGCUAUUGCUCGUUUUGGUGUUGGUGUCAUGCAAACCGAUUCAAGUGGAUGUAUUGCCUCAAAUAUUAUUAUGAACUUGAUGUUUGCUGUUAUCAUUGCUAUGAUUGUAAUUCGUUAUUCGAUGGCUGUACUAUUUCAAUGGGUUAUCUCUCGUCGAUUGGUCAAACCAGGUGGAAGAUCCAAUUGGUUGGCUUGGCGUUCAGUUCAAGGUGGAAAUGCCGAUCCUGAAAAUCAUAUUCGUGGUCCUUACAAUAACUAUACAUUACGAAAUCCUUCAUCUUACAACGUUAAUUCCACAAUGGGUCCCCAUAAUAAUGGUAACAAUACCUAUCAAGUACCUCGGUAUCCAACUCCUCGAAACUCCAUGUUUAACUCGGUACCUUCAUUACAACGACCUCAUUCAACUUCUACCACUUUAGCACCACCACUUCCUGGUCAUCAACGUGAUUCUUUGGCAAGCAUCACUGCUCAGCAUGCAAAUGGUUAUCAAUCCACACCUCGUCAUUCAUCUUCUAAUCAAAUACAAUAUCAAUCUUCUUCUACUUUGGCUUCUUCACCAUCUUCCUCUAUCACUGCUGGUGGUUCAUCUCCUCACCGUCAAUCUACUGCUUCUUCUGAAAUAGUUCAAACAGAAUUGUAUACAUGUAUGAUGGUUACUUGUUAUUCUGAAGGUGAAGAAGGAUUACGAAUUACUAUGGAUAGUUUGGCUGAAACAACAUAUUCUAACAAGCACAAGAUCUUCUUUAUUAUUGCGGAUGGUCUAAUUGUUGGAGCUGGUGAAACCAAAUCAACCCCAGAUAUUGUUGUUGAUAUGAUGGAUAUUGACGAUAGUAUGGCCAAUCCGAAACCCGUUAGUUAUCUUGCUAUUGCCGAUGGUGAAAAACAAUUGAAUAUGGCGAAAGUCUAUGCCGGUCAUUAUAAAGGUGUACCUUGUAUCACCAUUGUCAAAUGUGGUACUCCUGAAGAACAAUCGUCUCCAAAACCUGGUAAUCGAGGCAAACGUGAUUCACAGCUUAUCUUGAUGUCAUUUUUCCAAAGAAUAUUAUUCAAUGAUCGAUUAUCUGAAUUAGAUUAUGAUAUAUUUUGGAAAAUGACUUCGUUGAUGGGUGGUGAUGUGACUCCUGAUAAAUUUGAAUUACUUUUAAUGGUGGAUGCUGAUACCAAGGUAUUACCAGAUGCAUUGACUUAUAUGGUGGCUGCUAUGGCGAAUGAUAUUACCAUCAUGGGAUUAUGUGGUGAAACAAGAAUUGCAAACAAGACUACAUCAUGUAAGUCGACUAUCUAUUUUAUCACAUCUGUACUGAUUUUAUUUUUUAUUUUUAUUUUUUUUUUUUCUUUAGGGGUGACUGCAAUUCAAGUCUUUGAAUACUAUAUCAAUCAUCAUUAUGCAAAGGCUUUUGAAUCUUUAUUUGGUAUUGUCACCUGUUUACCUGGUUGCUUUAGUAUGUAUCGAAUCAAGGCACCAAAGAAUGGAGCUUGGGUACCUAUUUUGGCCAAUCCUGAUGUAGUAUUGGAAUACAAUCAAAAUGUAGUGACGACAUUGCACGAAAAGAAUCUUUUACUGUUGGGUGAAGAUCGAUUCUUGUCUACUUUGAUGUUACGGACUUUCCCUCAUCGACAAAUGAUGUUUGUACCUCAAGCCAUUUGCAAAACUGUGGUACCCGAUGAAUUCAUGGUACUUUUAUCUCAACGUCGUCGAUGGAUUAAUUCUACUGUACAUAAUUUAAUGGAACUUGUCUUGGUAUCCGACUUGUGUGGUAUUGCUUGUCUCUCUAUGCAAUUCUCUAUCUUUGUUGAUCUUAUUGGUACUUGUGUACUUCCCUGUGCUGUUGUUAUGACUAUCUAUUUGAUUGUGAAUGCUGCAGUAUCUGGAAAUCCUCAAUGGCAAUCCAUUGGACUUUUAGCGGCUGUACUUGGUUUACCUGGUGUUUUAAUUGUCAUCACUACUCGAAAAUUGAUUUAUGUCUGCUGGAUGAUCAUUUAUAUUUGUGCCAUUCCUGUAUGGAAUUUUAUAUUACCAAUCUACUCUUUUUGGCAUUUCGAUGAUUUUUCUUGGGGUGCUACACGUGUGGUUGUGGGUGAAGAAAAAGGCAAGGCUGGUGGACAUGAUGAUGCUAGUGGUGUAUUUGAUUCUUCUCGUCUAGUCAUGCGCAAAUGGCAAGAUUGGGAGGCCGAUCGUACUGGCAAUUCAAAACUUCGUGCUUACAAAGAUCAACGUCCUUAUUCUACUUUGUCAACUAUGAACUAUUCUUCCUUAGGUCCUAGUACUCUCUCAUCUAAUUUGUCUGCUCCCACUCUUGGUCAUCCUUCACCUUAGUGUGACAAUAUUUCUCUCAUCUAUAUAUACAUUUUUUUUUAAUCCUUGUUGUAUCAUUUUGUGUUACUGUUGUUUAUCGUAUUUAUAUAGUUUAUAUAGACUUUACCUUCUUUUUUUAUCCCUUACCAUUUUACUCUAUACAUAUUACAUAUUCUUGGUGUUAAAACCUCUAUUCUUUUUUAUUAGUAUUUUUUUUUUUUUUUAGUGUAAUAAAGAAAUUACAUUGGUC